AAAUGCAGUAUCGCCUCACGAAUUGAUUGCUUCUCUGAGGUACCUACCAGUGUAUUUGGGGAGAAGCUUCGAGAACAAGUUCAGGAGCAGCUGUCCUUCUAUGAGACUGGAGAGAUUCCACAAAAGAAUCUGGAUGUCAUGAAGGAGGCAAUGGUUCAGGCAGAGGAAGUGACUGCUGAGAUUACUAGGAAGCUGGAGAAACAGGAGAAGAAACGCUUGAAGAAGGAAAAUAAAAGCCUGGCUGCGAUUGCCCUGGCGUCUUCAGAAAACAGCAGUAGGACCCCGGAGGAAUGUGAGGGGACAAGUGAAAGACCCAAAAGGAAGCAAAAACAAAAGCCCCAGGAAGCUCCUCAGGAGAAUGGAAUGGAAGACCCAUCUGUCUCCUCCAAACCCAAAAAAAAGAAAUCUUUUUCCAAGGAGGAGCUGGUUAGUAGUGAUCCUGAAGAGACAGCUGGCAGUGGAAGUCUUACCAAGAGGAAGAAGUCUUUCCCCAAAGAGGAACCAGAGAGGGACCCUGAAGAGUCAGAAAACAAGAGGGUCCCCAAGAAAAAGAGGAAAUUCUCUUCCAAGGAGGAGCCACUCAGCAGUGAACCUGGAGAGGCUGCUGCCAGCAAGAGCAGCAGCUCCAAGAAAAAGAAAAAGCUCUGA